AUGUAUGUUAUUCUUUUACGGCUCUUUCUUCUCUCCGUUUAUGUUUGUCAUACGUCAGGCUUACUGAACCAUGAUGAUUCAGGAACACCAAGCCUGGAUGAUGUUUUGGACAGUUUGAAUGAUAAUGAUCUGGUUCCCGAGAGGAAAAUUACAAUUGGUAAUCUGAAGACAGUGAUACUGGCUUUACAGAAGGAUUACACAUCCAGGUUGACUACUCUGAAGAGUGACUUCGAACUGUCAUUGCGAUCCCAACAGAAUCGUAUUCGGUAUCUAGAGAAGAAAGUAGCUUACCAAGGAAAACUAAUAGAAUUUCUAGAAAAUGGCGAGUCUUUCAGAAGUCGUCAAACACAGCCAGCAAAUAAACCACAGCCACAUGUACACAAUGCUAGCAACGACAUAGAAGCCAAAAACUCAACCGCGUACUCUUUCAUUGAUAUAAAAGAAAUGCAAAACGAAAAUUGGAGUGGAGAUUUGUCAGGGCAUCCUAAACUUGAAAGACAGGAAAGGCUGCUUAUUCAAGAAAUACCAACGUCUAGCGCAGUGGUUGCAUUCUAUGCCUACAUGUCUAAAAGUCUGCCUUCUAAUGUAGCCACUCCGCAUCAGGUCCUUAUAUUUGAUGUGGUUCGAACCAACAUCGGCAACGCCUACCACUCGUCAAUAGGGGUGUUCAUCGUUCCCGAGACAGAGGGGAUGCUCACUCAAGAAAUACCGAUCUCUAGCGCGGUGGUUGCGUUCUAUGCCUACAUGUCUGCUAGUCAGCGUCCCGUUGUAGUCAUCCCACAUCAUGUCUAUGUAUUUGAUGUGGUACGAACCAACGUCGGCAAUGCUUAUAAUUACCACUCGUCCACUGGGGUGUUCACCGUCCCCCAGUAUAUGUGUUUAUUUGGAGUUUUUUGA